AUGGAUGAUUAUUUGGCUCGUAGGUUAGCCGCACUGCGGAACGAGUAUGAGACUCGUAGCUUUAGUAGCUCUCUUACGCCGGCCACCACUAUCCCGCAAACCUCGAGCUCACCACCCAAAACUCCCAAGACCGAAGUGAACGAUGAACUCACAGCCCGGUUUGAGAAGAUGAGGCUUACUCCAAGUUCUGCCAAAUCAUCGUCGGUUAAAGAACUGAAGAAAGAAUAUGAAGACAUUUUAUCCGAAUCAAAGACACAAGAAAUAUUCAACGCCUUAUCCUCUAACCAAGAGUUCUGGGAUACCGGUGAAGAUUCGCACGAGGAGAUGGACGAAGUAGAUCUUCUCCUGGCGGAAGCUAAAGCAUAUAUACCCUCUCCCCCCAAAGCGCCAAAAGACGUCAAUGGCGCUAAAAAUGCACUGCCGGAGGACCUGUCGGUUCCCCCUGACUGGCUUCAUUCGGAUACUCUGCGCCCCGUAGCCACUACGGAGGAGGAGGAAGAAGCUGAUAUUCUACAACGAAUACGUGACGAGAUAGAUUUCGAAAGGGCAAAUGGAAUAACGACACCACCUGAACCUCCCUCACCUCCAGGGCCUGCUGAGCCGGGGGAGGCUGCUCCGGAGGUAGAUGAGUCCUUGUUUAAACGGUUUGAAGCUCUGGGAGGGCUUGAGCUACCUACGGUGCCCAAGGCCGAGCCCGGGGUUAAACCGAAGCCACAUCUCAUGGCUGCGAAGCCUGGGGAUGAUGAGACUGACACAUGGUGCUGUAUAUGUAACGACGAUGCAGAAUAUAAGUGCUCCGGGUGUGAGAAUGAUAUUUAUUGCGCGAGCUGUCUUUAUGAGUCGCACACUGGGCCGGACGCAGGAUAUGAAGAACGGAGGCACAAGUGGACAAAAUACACGAAACCGAAGAAGCGGCUCGCUGCAGCUUAGACCCCCGGGUCUCAUCGCUAAAUGAUGUCGCUAGAAAAGUACUUCUAACAACAUUGUCGCAUUGCGAAACCAAUCAGAUGGUUAUUAUGGC